AUGCUGGGAGACGAUCUGCAUUUAAAGAGGGUGAGAAGAUCUCAAUUCUCAGACAUAAUACCACACCAAGGUUGCGAUCCUACGAUCCUACGAUCCCUACCAACUUGGUUGUUGGUCGCACAAACAAGGUUCAGAGCCUGCUUCCAUCCUCGGCGUAGAAGCUCACUACUGAACCAGAUAUGGGGUCUUUUAGUCGUCAGUCUCUUCAUCGAGCCCCUCGGACGUCGCCCAUAUCGAUCCUCUUUGGCCCUCUCAUCUAUCAAAGCUCACGCUAGGAUAGCAAUUGAGGACAAACUGCAACACAACACACCACUCACGAUGGAUCAGAUGUUCCACACACCGGAGUGUCGCCAAAUGCCUACAACCAACGUUAGAUAUGAACAGACAAAUGAAGCGAAGCCAUAG